AGAGACCUCAACCCAACCUUGGAAAGAUUUUGAAAAGAAAACCUACUGAGAUGGCCUACCAAGCUUCAUUUUCAGAAGAAGAUCUGCACUGCCCUGUGUGCUUUGAGCUGUUCACCAACCCUGUGGUUCUGGAAUGCAGCCAUAGUUUCUGCAAGACAUGCAUUGACAACUGCUGGAACGGUCAGUUCAAAAGAAUAUGCCCUGUUUGUAGGACGCCAUGUCUCAGUGAAAGGCCUCCAGCUAGUUUGGUUCUGAGAAACAUAGUGGAGAGUUUUCGAGUCCGGCAACAGUCUAGUUUAGAAUGGACAGAACAAUCCAAGGAAGAGAGUCAAGAAACGGAAUCAACACAGAGUCCUGAGGAGCGCUGUAGUGUGCAUAAAAAGAGAUUCUUCUUCUUUUGCGAGGAUGACCAGGAGGCUUUGUGUAUGGUUUGUCAGCGAUCUAAGAAGCACAAGGACCAUCAAAUUAUUCCACUAGAGGAAGCUGUCCAAGAACUUAAGAAAAAGGUGAGGCUCUCAUUAACGCCACUUAAGGAGGAUCUAAUGACCUUCCAGACACAAAAGGAAGAGUGUCUUAGGACAACACGGCUAAUCAAGGAACAAACCAAACACACUAGGAAUUUGAUCAAAAAGGAUUUUGAGCAGUUGCAUCACUUCCUGCGGCUGGAGGAAUCGGCACGGAUCUCAAUGCUGGAAGAUGAAGCAGAGAUGAAAGGUGAAAUCAUGCAGGAGAAAAUGGAGGAUCUCAGCAAUAAAAUAGUCAGCUUCUCGGACACCAUCCAAAACAAAGAGACAGAUCUAGAAAGAGAAGAUAUCCAGUUCCUCCAGGCUUAUAAAAGCUACACUGACAGUGUUCCUUACAAUCCUCAAGACUACAAUGUUUUAGUGCCAGAUUCUCUUGUAGAUGUCGCUAAACACCUGGGAAACCUGAAGUUUAAAGUGUGGGAGAAGAUGUUGGGACAAGUGCAGUACAGUCCCAUAAUAAUGGAUCCAAACACUGCAGCUAAAUGGCUAAAACUGUCUGAGGACUUGACCAGUGUACAUUUCGGAGAGUUACAGUCAGACAUCCCAGAUAACCCAGAGCGCUUUGACCUCUGUGUUUGCGUUCUGGGUAACGAAACUCUCGACGCAGGAAUACACUGUUGGGAGGUGGAGGUGGGGAAUAAGACUAAAUGGGACUUGGGUGUUGUGAUGGAGUCUGUGAGCCAUCAGGGCAUUCUGAAUGUCAACUCCGAAUGUGGAUUUUGGACUCUGGCUUUAAGAGAGGGUGGCCAAUACAGUGCCAGUACAAUACCGUGGACUAGACUCUACUUGAAAAGAAAACCACAUAGGAUCCGUUUCUGCUUGAACAACAACAAAAAGGAAAUCUCCUUUUAUGACUCACUUGACAUGACUCAUAUCUACACCUUCUCACGUCUGCCCACCAAAAAGCUCAUUCCUUUCUUCUCUCCAUGUGUGAGUGAGCAGGGCAGUAAUACUGAGCCGUUGAGAAUUGUGCCAGUGAAGGUGGCAGUAACCAUCACUCCAGAACUAGCUGACUAAACAUACUGUAUCAACAUUCUCAAGAUAUCCUAUAGACUUUACAUUAUACUGUACAUGUCACAUACAACAAAGUACCA